AGCAUUGUCCUUCCUAAAACGCCCCCACAGCGAAGCGACUUGAAUAUACAAAAGCUAGGGUUUUGGCGUCCUCAUCCCGCCCACUCACAUCCGCAGAGGCAGAUACGCGCAGUGCUGUAGGAGGCCCUCGGGGAGUGAUCUCUGAGUGUUCAAAAUGGCUAGAGGGUUGAAGAAACACAUGAAGAGGCUUAAUGCCCCUAAGCAUUGGAUGCUUGAUAAACUUGGUGGCGCUUUUGCCCCUAAACCAUCAUCUGGACCACAUAAGUCUAGGGAAUGCAUGCCAAUGAUCCUUAUUCUGCGAAACAGGCUGAAGUAUGCUCUCACCUAUCGUGAAGUCAUUGCGAUUCUGAUGCAGAGGCAUGUACUUGUUGAUGGAAAGGUUAGGACGGACAAGACGUACCCUACUGGCUUUAUGGAUGUUGUUUCAAUUCCUAAAACAAAUGAGAAUUUUCGCCUCCUCUAUGACACAAAGGGCCGUUUCCGUCUUCACUCUAUCAGGGACGACGAGGCAAAGUUCAAGCUUUGCAAAGUUCGUUCAGUCCAGUUUGGGCAGAAAGGUAUCCCUUAUCUGAAUACCUAUGAUGGGCGCACUAUCCGUUAUCCAGACCCACUGAUCAAGGCUAAUGAUACAAUCAAACUUGACCUUGAGAGUAGCAAGAUUGUUGACUUCAUAAAGUUUGAUGUUGGGAAUGUCGUCAUGGUCACUGGAGGAAGGAACAGGGGACGUGUGGGUGUCAUCAGAAACAGGGAAAAGCAUAAAGGUAGCUUUGAGACCAUCCAUAUUCAAGAUGCCACCGGUCAUGAGUUCGCAACUCGCCUGAGUAAUGUGUUUACUAUUGGAAAAGGAACCAAGCCAUGGGUAUCUCUUCCUAAGGGCAAGGGUAUCAAGUUGACUAUCAUUGAGGAGGCGAAGAAAAGGCUUGCAGCCGAAGCUGCAGCGUAAAUUUAUUGACAUGAUUCUGGUCAUGAUCUGCUCCUAGAACUACUGUUUUUUUAAGCUUUUUAGUAGAGGUAACGUUUUAUGUUUAUUUAUUGGCAGAGUUUUAAUCUUUUUUAUGCUUUUAACUAUUCUGCAGUACGAUUUAGACAUGACGAAUUUUUCAUUAGAAUUCCAUUAACAUUAAUUUU